CGGCGAUUCAGUUGAAAUUUGGACUCGGCCGUGCACAGACAGCGACUGGCCAAAAGCGGAGACAGCCCGAAAGUUAGCGACGUUUUGCACCUCACAUCGCGCUCAGCUUACUUCACUUUCGGUUUCGUAAGAGUCCACACCACACACGCACAGGUUUUGCAAUGACGAUGGCAACGAUUGUGAUGAUGAUGAGGCUGCCGCUGCCGCUGCAACUGCUGCUGAUGGUGCUGCUGCUUGGGCAGUGCACUCGCGGCACGCCCAUAGCGCCCACAACCCAGGACGGAGCCACGCCCAUAGAUGCCAGGCUGUCGGCCGAAGAGUUUGGUGCCCUCGACGCAUUUGCCGAGGCGGAGUCCACGCAGGUAGCGGCCAGUGAGCCGUCGGCCGGUUUCAAGAUCUCGCUGCUGCCCAAGCCAUCCCAGACGGCGGAAUCGGUGAACCUCGAACAGGAGGCCAUACAGUCCAAGGUGCUCAGCGCCUACGACAACAGCCAAAAGAAGUUGGCCGACUUCUCCCAGCCCGUUCCCAUUUUGGAUACCAUCAGUGAGCACGAGAAGUACGGCAACAAUGGCGACAUGUUCGACGGCAUCUCACGGACCAUUGUCAAUGGUUACGAGGCCUUUUCCAAUCUGCUCAACACACUGAUACAGAAACCCAAAGAGCUGGCUCGCAGCGUCUCCAAGGGCAUCACCGCUCAGCUAGACAUCAUCGGUGGCAAACUGGUGGGGCUCUGAAGAGAAUGCAUUGACCCUUGCAGAGGGUGUUACAGAGGUUUCCCAUAACGGCAG